AUGUCGUUCGUCUUCGAUGCAAAUCCAGAUAUGAUGAUGGCGCUUGAUUUGAAUUCAGGUCAGAAUCUUAAUUCUGGGAUGGAUACCAUGGGAAUUUCAGGUGUUCAGUCUGUGAUUGAUGGUGCAAGUUUUAGGGAUAAACUAAUGAAUAAGGUUGCAACAGAAAUGGAGUUUGAAAGAAGGCUGGAAACUAGUGGAUUUGGACAGUAUUUGGUGUUACAGAAAUGGAGGCCUGGGUUUUGUCCUGCCACUGCCCAUAUUACUCGAAUGGCUGAGUGGAUUCGUGUUUCGGCAAUCCAUUUGGAGUGCUUUGAUGUGUGGGAGUUGAAGCGAAUUAGCAACUUGCUGGGUAAAUUGUUAAAGACUAAUGCUCUAACCAUAUCUCAUAAUAGGGGCAAGUUUGCAAAGAUGUGUGUUGAACUGGAUCUUACAAAGCCGCUGGAAGCUUUUGUCCAGAUUAAUCAGGAAUGGUAUAAUAUUGAGUACGAGGGACUACCUGAUGUCUGUUAUUUGUGUGGGCGGUAUGGUCAUAAGAGAGAGCAUUGCGAGAAAAGGAAUUCUAUUCCUGCUGCUGUGCCUAGUGAAGACCUUUUGGAAAACUUACGAGGCCCUUGGAUGAAUGUUCCAGCAAGGAGAAGGCCUAAAGCAAUGCAUAAGGAUCAAGGAGGUAGAAAUAAUGGGCUUAGAGCUAAGGGCUCAAGAUUUGAUGCUCUACAUGAUGUAAGUGAAAAAUUUGGCCAAGAAGAGUUGAUUGGUAAUGGUGCUGAUGGGCAAAGUGUCUAUGGGAAAGGGGAACCAUCUACAAGGGAUGCAGGCUUGGGUAAGAAAGUGUGGACCAAAUCAAAGGCAGUUAAACCAGAUGUUCGAGUCCCCUUGAAUGAUAUCUCCAAUAAGCCUCAGCAGGAUAAAAAGUAUUUGGCGGCUGCUGGCCGAAAAGAGGGAGGGGCUAAGAGCACGGGUUUUGGGAAUUUAAUUGCUAUAGCCAAGAUGGUAAUUGGUGGGAAAAGGGUGGAGAGCUCAUUGCCUUUGUUGGACAAAAUUGCUAAUUGGGUCAGUUCCAAGGAUGUGAAAAGUGGGAAGGGGAUUUAUAUAUUUGGGCAUCAACCACCAAAUAUAGUUAAUAGUGAGAGUGUCCAGGAGGAUGGAGAUGGGAUUAAUAGUGAUGCGAAUUCUAUUGGUUCUUCUUAUCAUGAGAGUGUGCCAGAGGAUGAGGGUGCUCCUGUGCAUGUGGUAAUGGAUACUUCUGAGGGUCAAGUGCGAUCUUCUAAUGGGAAGUUGCUUGAUAAUACCUUCACGAACACUGAAGGAUUAAUGGCCAAAAAAGCUAUGGAUAUAGUGCAAUCGUUGGGGUUCUCUUGCUUUGAAGUUGUUGAUCCUGUGGGAUUUUUAGGUGGCUUAUGGUUGCUCUGGCAUGGUGAUAGAGUUAAAGUUGAGGUUCUUGGCACUAUGGAUCAAGCUAUUACAGCUUGUGUUUCAUGGCCUGGUCAAGUUCCAUGGAUGUUGACGGUUGUUUAUGCUAAGCCGUGUAAUUGCAAAAGAGAGAAACUAUGGGAUUAUUUGACCUUUGUUGCUAGUUGUCACAAAAUGCCUUGGUUGCUUGCUAGGGAUUUCAAUGAGAUGUUUCAAGUUGAAGAUAAGCUUGGAGGUGGUCAGUCUUGCAUAUUCAAGGGUUUUAGAAGAUGGUUUUCUAGUAAUGAAAUGGUAUAUCUGGGUUUUUAUGGCCCUAAAUUCACUUGGACCAAUGGGAGAGUGUUUGAAAGAUUGGAUAGAGCGGAAGCUCUUUUUUGGCAGCAGAAGUCUCGGAUUCAAUGGUUGCAAGAAGGUGAUAGGAACACCAAAUUUUUUCACAUGACUAUUGUUAUUCGAAGGCGGAGAAAUAAGAUUGAAAGACUUAAGAAUGAGGAAGGGUUUUGGGUGGAGGAUGCUGCUCAAAUGAAAGGUUUGGCAGUAAAUUACUUCUCUAACCUGUUUUCACAAUCCAAUUUUUUGCCUACUGAUAUUACCAUCCCUAAUUUGUUUCCUGGAGUUAAUUCUUUGGUUUUGAAUGGGUUAUUGAGGCCUGUUACUGUUGAGGAAAUCAAAACUAGCUUAUUUAAUAUUGGUAGUUUAAAAGCUCCAAGAGUUGAUGGGUUUCUAGCUAGUUUCUUUCAAUUUAAUUGGGAUAUUUGUGCUCCUGAUAUUGUGGAUAUGGUUUUGAAAGUUUUUCAGGAUUGUCUUAUUCCUAAGGAUUUGAAUUACACUUUGAUUACUUUGGUCCCUAAGGUGGAAAACCCUUCUUCCAUGCUUCAGUUUAUGCCUAUCAACUUAUGUUGUACUCUGUACAAAAUUAUCUCCAAAAUUAUUGUUAGUAGAUUGAGACCCCUCAUGAGCCAAUGGAUCAGUCCAAAUCAGGUUAGUUUUGUGCUUGGGAGGCACAUAACUGACAAUAUUUUAAUUGCUCAAGAGAUGAUGUAUAAGUUCAGGGUUUCUAAAGGUGAGAAAGGUUUAUUUGCGUGGAAGAUCAAUCUUUCUAAAGCUUAUGAUCGUUUAAACUGGAAGUUUAUUGAGUAUGUUAUAGAGGAAUUGCAGUUGUCUGCCCAUUAUAUCAAGCUGAUUAUAUCUUGUGUUAAUUCUGUGAGAUACCAAGUUUGUGUUAAUGGGGAGCUUACUGAACCUUUUUUGCCUAGUAAUGGUAUUCGGCAAAAAGCUAGUAUUAAACAAGCUAGAGUUAUGAAUAGUUGUCUUGAUUUGUUUUGUCAAGCUUCCGGUCAAUCGGUUAAUUUUGAUAAAUCGGCUAUCUUUUACUCUCCCAACACUAAUAUGGGGUUAGCUAGAGAAAUAAGUGGUAUUUGUGGCUCUCCUCUAACUAAUAAUUUGGGGAGGUAUUUGGGUAUGCCCAUGUUAGACUCUAGAGUUAUGAAAGGUACUUUUAUGGGUAUUGUGGACAAGAUGCAUAAGAGAUUGGCUUCGUGGAAGAGUAACUUGCUUUCUUUUGCUGGUCAAACCACUUUGAUUCAAGCUGUCAUGUCUGCUAUGCAUGUGUACGCAAUGCAAACUGCUAAGUUGCCUAUGAGUACUUAUGAGGAGCCUAAGAAUAAGGGUGGUCUAGGCCUCAAGAGUUCGGCCAAUCUAGAUCAAGCUCUGCUUGCUAAGAUUGGUUGGAGAAUUCAUAACAAUGAUCAGGGUUUAUGGGUCAAGAUGUUUGAAGAUAAGUAUUUAAAAGGCCAGUCCAUUCUUAAACCUUCCCUUCUGUGUAAGAAGGAUGGCUCUUCAACUUGGAAAGGUAUUAUGUAUGGUGCCCAGCUUCUUAGACAAGGUAUGAGUUGGAGGCUUGGUCGAGGUGAUAAUGCUUUGUUUUGGAAGGAUCACUGGCUCCAUGAGGGUCCUUUGCUGCACCAAAAAGGUGUGCUAAAUGCUGUUGAGCAGGAUUGUACAGUGGGUAGCUUUUUUAAAAACAGAUGGUGGGAUAAUGAUAAAUUGAGAGGUGUAGUGACUAAAGAAAUUGUACAAAAGAUUAUUAAUUUUCCUAUUGGAGUUGGGAGUAAUUUACAGGAUACUCAGAUAUGGAGUGUCACCUCUGAUGGGAUGUUUUCAGUUAAAUUUGCCUAUGGUAUUUUAUUUAGGAAUUUUGGGAGGUCUGAUCCUGGUUUGGACAUCCUUUGGAAACUUAGGGUUCCUCCAAAGCUAAAAUUUUUCUUUUGGCUAGUCUUGAAAGGGAGAAUUUUGACAAAUGAACAACGUGCAAGAAGACAGUUAACUAGUGACCCAUCUUGCAAUUUUUGUGAUGGGUUUUCGGAAUCUAUUGUCCAUCUUUUCAGAGAUUUUCCUAGAGCUAAUGAGGUUUGGAAGGUUGUUGGCUUGCCAAGCAAAGUUUCUGCCCUUUCUCAUGUUGAUGUUAAGCCUUGGCUCAUAGGUAAUCUUGGUGCUAAGGCUUUUUGGAGGGGGCAGAAAGAGUUGCCUAAUUGUCCUCAGAAGAUUAUUCAAUUUGCUGUGAAUGAUUGGCUUCAUUCUAUCAAUUGUGUUAAGGGCAAUUUUACUAAAAUACAAGUUGAGCUUGCUUGGGUGCAUCUUGGGAUUGGAGCUUUUAAAUUAAAUAUGGAUGGUACUUGUAAGCCUUGUUUUGGGGCUAUUGGUGUCAGGGGUGUUAUCUGUGAUUCCAUGGGAGAUUGGGUUGGUGCUCAUGGGAUCUCUAAUCUUGUGAUUGAAAUGGAUUCAGCUCUUGUUGUGCAUCUCAUGAAGAAUCCUGAUACUAUUGGAGGUCAUCCCAUUGCUGGAGUGUGUUGGUUUGACUCAGUGCCUCUUUGGGCUUAA